GCCGCAGUUGUUGUGAUUUUGAUAGGCAACCUUCGUAUGGGGAGGAGAUAUCAGCUGGACAGGGCUCAUAUCGGAAACGUUUCUGUAUACAUCGUAUCUUAAGGAACUAGGGAAAUAAAUGUUAAUGUUCAACGCUACCAAACACCGAAACUCCUCGUUUAACGUUACUUUCCCCAGCUACUCAGAAGAGUAAGGGGUAGUGAAUCAGCCUCCACACAGCCUUGUGCAGGCACUGUCAGUGCUUUCCAACCGUCCAUCAGUCCUCUGGAGUGGUUCUUGUAGUGGAGGGACAGGAGGAAAAACCCAGCAGGCUGAGAGACAACAGGGCAGGCAGGACUCAGGAUGCCUCUGUUCUUCAAGAAGAGGAAGCCCAGCGACGACUCCAAGAAGAGACUGGAAUAUCAGCUGUGCCUGUCUAAGGAGGCAGGUGCUGAUGACAUCCUGGACAUCUCAGCCUGUGAGCUGUCAGAGGUUCCCUCGAGUGCCUUUUCCAUUUGUAAGGUCCUACAGAAAAAGGUCUUUAUCCUCCAUAAUAAUGAACUGAGGUCAUUGCUGCCCAAAGGAUGUGACAUCAGCACUCUUGCCGCUUUAAAGGUUUUAGAUCUGCAUGAGAACAAGCUCACUUCACUCCCAGAAGACAUUGGGAAGCUGGCGUCACUGCAGAUUCUGAAUGUGGAGAAGAACCGUUUAAAGGCCCUGCCUGAGUCAAUCGGGGAUCUGCGGUUUCUGCAGACGCUCAAUUUGAAGGGUAACUGCCUCGGUGAGCUGCCAUCCUCAGUUGGUUCUUUAUGCAGCCUGCGCACCCUGGAUGUGAGUGACAACAAAAUUGUCGAGCUCCCCAAAGCUCUGGUCUACGUCCGAACCUUAGAGAGCUUUACAUUGGAUGCUGCCACGAUGUCAUACCCACCUGCGUCUGUGUGUACAGAAGGCACAGAGAGCAUCCAACGCUUCCUAUGCACCGAGCUGGGAGAGGAGUACUGCCCACCAUCACAGUAUCUCCUGCCGGUGCUGGAGAAUGAUUGUGGCAAACAGAACUCUGACUGUUUGGAUGGCUUGGAGGAGGCCUGGCAGAACAGAUUCAGUGACUACGAGAAGAGAAAGGAGCAGAAGAACCAGGCGAAGCUGGACUUUGAGCGGCAUCUGGAGGAGAAGAAAAAUGAGCACGCCCAGCUUAUACUCAUGAACAACUCCCGCAAGGAAAAUAUCCUCAACUCAGUCCGACAGGAGCAAGAGCGUCUGGAGCUGGGGGUCAGCCAGCAGCAGAGGGCUCAGGAGGCUGAGAGGCUGCUGGUGCUGGAGAAAGUCAGACAAGCUGAAGACAACAUCAGCAGUCGCAUCAGCAACAUGCUGAUGGACAAAAACAGGCAGAAAAAAAGUGCAGAGUUUCUUCAAGCCCUGGAGGAGGAACGGAUCCGUAUGGAGCAUUUGACUGCCAUCACUCAGGAAGAAGCCAGUUCACUGAGGAAGAAGGAGGUGGCAGUGGCCAUGCAGAAGAUGCUGUCGGACAGCUGUGCUAUGAGUCUCCUCCAGGAGGCCAGUGACUUUCGCAGAAAGAACCUGGUGUCUGAGGCCUACAGAAGUUUAGAGAAUUUGGACAGGAAGUUUGAUAAGAUGCUGUCCCUCCAAGUUUUGGACAAGUCAAAAGCCAUUGCCCACAUCUUGCAGGAGGAGGAGAUGCAGAAAGCAGCGUUCCAGGCCCUGCAGCUGCAGAAAGAUGCUGUACAUGGCUACAUCCGCAACCAGAUCAAGCUCAUAGAGGGUGAAUUAUUGCAGCUGACUAGAUUGGAGGUUAAAAGACGCAAUCUGGAUGCUGAGAACCUGCAGGAGGUUCUGGUGGAGCAGCGCACAGCUCUCAGUGAUUUGUUGCAGCAGCUGCUGAAGCAGAGGGACCAGAGAGAGCAGGAGCUGCGGCAGGUUUUGGUGGAGAUGGAGCAAAAGUCAGAGUCCAACCAACAGAACUACUGGAUGAUCCAGUACCAGAGGCUGUUGGAUGCUAAGCCGCUGUCACUGCGUAUGCAGGAAGCCGGUGUGGAGAAAGAGCUGGUCAACCUGUUAUGCAAACUCUCAGCUCAGCAUUACCUGCCCAUCCUGGCCCAUAAUCGAGUGACAGCUGAGGCCCUUCGCCACAUGAACUCCUCUGACCUCAAGAAGCUUGGCAUCAAUGAAAUAGGAAUCCAGAAAGCUCUUCUUAACUGGGCUCGGAAUCAACAACCUGAAGGAGCCUAUAAGAGUGUCCAGCAGGACGAGGAGGAAGAAGUUGUCCCCUCAGCUCCAACUCCUUCUUCCCCUCCAUCGUUUCCCAGCACCUCAACCAUCCACAUGCCCAGCCCACCACUCACCCCAGGAACCCCUGUCACCCCCUCAGCCCCCAGCCCUGUGGAGGGAUCAGGGAGCUCAGAGUGUGUGGUCUGCAUGGAGAAGGGGUCCCAGGUCAUCUUCCUGCCCUGUGGUCAUGUGUGCUGUUGUCAGUUGUGCAGCGAGGCUCUGCAAAACUGCCCUCUGUGUCGUGGCAGCAUAUCCCAGCGCGUCCGCCUCUAUCACAGCUAGGACCAGCUGCAUUGUGCUACUCCUUCAUCGACUGCAUCUCUCUGUAUUUAUGCAUGAUCAUAAAGUUGCUGUGAGCUGACUAUGUCAUUUAAGAAAAGCUUUGAGCAGGUUGUCAAAGAGCUGAGCCACUUUCCUCUAUUAACCAAACUUUGUGAUGUACAUGCAGAAACAAGCCUGGAUAGGAUUAUUUUAAUGGUGUUUAGUUUUUUUGUUGUCACUGGCAUCCGAGCCUGUUUUAUUUUCUCAUUCUUAUGAUAUUUUAUUUUUUUCUAUUGUAUAUUAGAGCCAAGUGGACUAUACAGUACCACUCACUGGUUAAAGACGACUGUUCUUUGCCUUUUUAUAGUUUCUCAAUUGAUGUGUGCCUUUAUCUGGAAAUCUCUGUUUUUAAACGAUACCACUUGUCUGUGUUGGUAACCAAAGUAACACCUGUCCAGCAUUUCUGUAAGUUAUCUAAAACAUAAUCUAUUGAUUGUUAUUGCUUUUUUUUUGCUAUCACUGCCGGUGCGUCCCCAAUGCAACCCUCAUCUUGUCACUCUUCAAUCUAUGACACAAUCUGUCCUGCCCUCACUGCCACGGGCUUUUGUCCCCUCUCACCCAGCUCCCCCUGUGCCUGCUGCAAUCAUGUAUCUGCUGUUAAUAUGGAGGAAUUAUAUCUGUGCACAUUAGAUCAUUUGUGGGGAAACUCAUUUCUGCCCAGGUUAAAAAAUGAGCUGCAGAGCCCUGUUAACACUUCCAGUCCCUGUCACUCUCUAUAUUAUAUCACUGUAAUUCUAGUGCUAUUUUUUCUAACUACACGGCCCCAUAUUUGCUGUGUGGUAAUGUAGAACACAUAGAACUGUAUAAAUGUACACCAUUUAAGCAAAAUGAGAAUAAUGAAGAUCCCAAAGGGGAACGUUUUAUGUUUAGUUUUGUUUUAAUUGUGAGUGCUAUUCAUCCUGUACAGUUAAUAAUAUUUUCUGUGGCUCUAGAGAAGCUUUUUAAAGUCAAUAACCUUCUCUCAGCUUGAGCUUGGAGACUACAGAUGUUUAAUAGGAAGCAUGCAUUGCAAAGAGGGGGUAUGGAAAUUGAAAGAUGUGUUUGCCCAACUAAUUAAAGACACUUUUGAGUUGCAUCAUGGGAAAUGUAGCAAUGUUGGAGCUUGCCCCACACUUGAGGACUAAAAGUCAGGAUUUCUCAGCCUCAGCUUCUUUGAUGUUGAACCUUUUCUUAAAUAUCUGUAACACUAUUACCCCAGCUUAUAGAAAGUGCAAUACUAGAAGGAGGCCAUUAAACUAGAUAUUAACAUUCUUUAAAGGGUAUUUUCCAACCUGGGCGCUAUUUUUAUUUUUUGAAAUUGGUCCAGUAUUGAGUGAGAAAGCAGAGAAAUUGGCUGCAGUGUAAUCCCUGGGGGCAUUCGAGCUCUGUCUUUUUAUGUCUACUGAAAGUAGUGAAAGUGUCUGACAACUUUCAGAAAGGAUUUCCACAACAGUUGACCUCUUUGUUAAAGAGUAAGACCCGUUUUGUUUAACCAGAAACAGCCCUGAGAUCACCAAACAAACCAGACUCUUCUUAAAUAAAUAGCAAUUUAAGAAUGCAUUGAACCAGCAUAUUUUCACAUCUAACUGGGCGAUUUAAGAGUCAACAGCUUAACAAGCAGUUGAGUGGAGGCAAAUUGAUGGUGAUCAGUUGCCUGCGGAGAUUACAAUCCAGCCAGUUUCACUGCAGCUAUCUGCAGCGGUCUCGCUUAAUACUUUGAAAAAAAUCUGAUUUGUCUUGGACCUCACUUCAGUCUCAGUCCCGCUUGUCUGACAUAUCUUGUCUGAUCCCACUCUUAUUUGAAUUGCUAUGUAUUCGGGCUGCACAAUAAGAGGAAAAUAUGCCAUGUGCAAUCAUGCUGAAUAUCGUGAUAUUACUUGCGAAACAUAUUCAAGUCUACUCAGCUCUGCCUUUUUGCUGCUUUCAGUAUACUGCUGAAAUACAAAAACUUGCUUUGUGAAUUGAAAAAUGAAAGGAAAUUACUUGCAGCAGUCUUUCAUUGAACAAAUUGAACAUUAAAAACAAAAGGCACCAACAAGCUUACUACUGAUCCUCUCUGUAAACUAACUUUAAAAAAAUCCCUGAGUGUAAUAACGCAGUCUUUCACGACAUGAUUAUUGUUGAAGUUGACCUCACAAAAUACACAAUAUAUUGUGCAGCCCUACUAUACUGUGUAUGGUGCAUUUGUAUGCACUGACAACACCUUACCUGUCUGUUACUAACAACAUAUCACCUGUGUGUAACUAAUAACACAUCACCUGUUUGUAACUACCAACACAUUACCUGUGUGUAGCCAUCACUAAUGCUAUUAUACUCAAGUGCUCUUAACUUCAACAUCCCAGCAUGUUUCAGGAAAUAUCUUAACUUAUUGUGUAUGACUGUUAAAUGUAGUGUGUAAGAGACUUCACCUCUUUAUAAAUCAAACAUUUUAUGUCAGCAGACAGUGUGCUGUAAAGUCUAUGUGUGUUUUCCUGUACUCACAUUGUGAUCAAUGUAAAAGCUUUGUGUUGCUGAAGAGAUGCACUGCUCCUACACAGGCAGCAACUCAUGGAAAUGUACUGAAAUACAAUAUACAAACUGAGUCAUGUUCUUGAGUGUCGACACAAAUGUAUAUUUUAUGUAGUUGGACACCUGCUGUCAUUUGACAUCUUAUACUUGCUUACAUAGUAAGUAAUCUUGGAACCUGCCUAUGUUUUCUUGGAGGUGGUUUAAGUGACUGUUAAAGCUCUGAACCACAAUUCACAUUAGAAGUGAAACAUUUGCAAGAACCUUUGUGAGCGUAUAAUGUGGUAAAGCCAUUUUUUUAAUUAGUCUGCAGGAAGAUGUAGUAUAAACACAGUGGUCAGAUCCUUUGCUUAAGUAAAACACCAAUACUAUUAUAGAAAAAUGUACAAUUUUAACCAUAAUGCAUUUUUACUGCUGUAGCUGGUCAUGGUGGAGAUAGUUUUAACUACUGAUAAACAAUGUAGUCCAGUGGUUCCAAACCUAGGGGUGAGGCCCCCAAAGGGUUACAGGAUAAAUGUGAGGGGUCGUGAGAUCAUAUAUGAGGGCCAGAAAGAAGAGGAAACAAGAAGGAGAAAGUUCUGCGACAAAGUUGCAUUCAUUUUUUUGGACUUUAAUGUAGUAACUUAUAACUAUAGCUAUCAGAUAAAUGUAGUGGGGUAAAAACCAGUCUUUCCCUCUGAGGUUUAAAAUUGUAAACAUGAAAAUACUCAAGUACUUCAGAAGUGUACCUACUUCGAGGGUAACUGUGGUAUUUGUCAACCUGGACCCUAUUUUCUCAUGUUUUUGUGUCCAAGUGACUAAUAGCAACAACAGUUUUUGAUUUGAGUCCAGCAUUGAGUGAGACCACUGCAGCUAGCAGUAGCCACUUAGGGCAGUUGUGCAUAGUCAUUUAUACCGAAGUGACCCUUUCAAUAGUUUUCUUCAGUAGUUGUACCAGUUACUUGUAGCCUACUGAACUGCUUCGUAUGUCACAUUAUUGACUCAGUCAAAUUCGUGAUUUGGACCAAAAUAAAAAGUUGAUAUGUCAUAA